GGAAGUCCCGCCGUCUGCUUCGGCCUGGACGCCUCGGGCCGCAGCCCGCAUCGCCGGACUGUUUUGACGAGGGCGCUCAGGCCGUGACAGGGCCGGCCAUCUGCCCCGCGUCGCGCACCUGCUGCUGCUGGAGCCCCUGCCCAGCGCUUGGCGUCCUCUCUCCUUGUACCUCGGAGUACAAGCGCUUGUUUCCUCGCGACGCACAGUUCUGCAGGGUCCCAGAUGCUUCAAAGCCUUGUUAAAAACAUUUGGGUCCCCAUGAGGCCCUACUAUACCCAAGUUUACCAGGAGAUUUGGGUAGGAAUGGGGCUGAUGAGCCUCAUCAUUUAUAAAAUCAGGGCUGCCGAUAAAAGAAGUAAAGCUUUGAAAGCUUCCAGUCCUGCCCCUGCUCAUGGGCACCACUAACCAGCUUUACCUGGAGCACGUGAGCCCGCGCCCGGCUGUAAAUCCCGCGGCUGUCCGGUGCGGGCUGGAGCGCCGCCGUCUGCUGGCAGGCGUGUUGUUUCCUUCAUGGCGUGAAUAAAUGGAGCUGUGAGGUGCGCCUGUGCCGGCGUCCCUGUGUCCGCCUCCCCACCGCAGGAGUCGGGGGUUAGGUCGAGGCCCUCACCCCUCUGAUGUCCAGUAAAUAGUCGUGAAACAGA